CGGCUGGGCAGUCGGUGCGCGCCAUGUUUGUGGAGUGAGGAUCGGGCGGGAGCGGGAGAGCAGCAGGCCGUCCGCUCGCUUCACCCUCAGGCCCACCCCCUCCACCUCCCGUAUUGUUUGUAUUAAUUCCCCGUGUCACCGAUGGCGCAGUGUGUGACAAAAGUGCAGUUGACCAUUUCCUGUGAGAAUUUGAUGGACAAAGAUGUUGGUUCAAAGUCUGAUCCUCUGUGUGUCUUACUUCAGAACACCGGGGCUGAUGACCACUGGAUGGAGUUGGACCGAACUGAAAGGGUGAAGAACUGCCAGAAACCUGAAUUUGCCAAGAAGCUGGAGGUGGAUUAUUUCUUCGAGCGCGUGCAGAAACUGAAAUUCGGCAUUUAUGAUAUUGACAAUAAAUCCUCUGCCCUGAACGACGAUGACUAUCUGGGAGGAGUGGAAUGUACCCUGGGACAGAUUGUCUCAAGUAAAACAUUCACUCGACCUCUUGAGUUGAAGAAAGGAAAGCUGGCUGGUAAAGGGAGCAUCACUAUUGUAGCCGAAGAGAUGAACGAUAAAAGAUCAGCAGUUCUGCAGCUGGAGGCCAGGAACCUGGAAAAUAAGGAUUUUAUGGGGAAAUCGGAUCCAUUUAUGGAGCUGUACCGACAAGGAGAUGGUGACAAAUGGCAGCUAGCCUACCGUUCAGAGGUUAUUAAGAAUAACCUGAAUCCCAACUGGAAGACCUUCUCAGUGUCCUUGCAGAGUCUCUGUAACGGUGAUAUGCAGAAGCCCAUUAAGGUCACAUGCUUUGACUAUGAUGGUGAUGGUUCUCAUGAUCUGAUAGGACUCUUUGAAACUAACUUCUCUAAACUGCAGCAAGUGGAAUCUGGGACCCCGAUUGAGUUUGAAUGCAUCAACCCAGAGAAGCAAAGGAAGAAGAAAAGCUACAAGAAUUCCGGCAUUAUUCGGGUGCGAUCGUGUAAGAUAGAAACGGAUUUCUCUUUCCUCGAUUAUGUUAUGGGAGGAUGUCAGAUCAAUUUCACAGUUGGGAUUGACUUUACUGGCUCCAAUGGAGAUCCUCGUUCACCGGACUCCCUGCAUUAUAUCAGCCCAAACGGAGUCAAUGAAUAUCUGACUGCUGUAUGGUCUGUUGGGCAGGUCAUUCAGGAUUAUGACACGGAUAAGCUGUUCCCUGCAUUUGGAUUUGGUGCUCAGGUGCCUCCCAACUGGCAGGUGUCCCACGAGUUCCCCUUAAAUUUUAACCCCAACAAUCCAUACUGCCAAGGUGUGCAAGGUAUCAUCGACGCAUAUCGCAAUGCGCUUGUCAACGUUCGACUCUACGGGCCAACCAACUUCUCGCCCAUAAUAGCACACGUGUCCCGUUUUGCAUCCACCGCGGCCCAGCAACAGGUGGCAGGGCAAUAUUAUGUCCUGUUGAUCAUCACUGACGGAGAGAUAACAGACCUGGACCAGACCAGGAAUGCUAUUGUGGAAGCCUCCAAGCUGCCCAUGUCCAUCAUCAUCGUGGGUGUCGGGAGUGCAGAUUUCAAGGCCAUGGAGUUCCUUGAUGGGGAUGAUGGCAUCCUGAAGUCACUCUCAGGAGAGCCUGUAGCCCGAGACAUUGUGCAAUUUGUUCCAUUCAGACAGUUUCAGAAUGCUCCAAAGGAAGCUCUAGCACAAACGGUUCUGGCUGAAGUGCCAAAGCAGUUGGUAUCUUACUACAAGAUGAGAAAUCUGCCACCAGUGAAUGCUCCAAACCCACCCCAGUAGUGGAGAAAUGUGUGGCAUUCAGCGUACGCUAAUUGUGACUGGGACUGUCAGGAUUCCUCAGUGACCACGGAAGCCUCCCUCCUGGUGACUGUACUUACAUAGAAUCAGCAUUGCCAACACCACCGAUUCUGCAGGACAUGGGGGAUUUGUGAUCCAUUUUAAAGCAUCGUCUCAGCUGAUAGCUUAUCCCUAUGUAGGGGAAGCAAAUCAAAUUGCAAUGCUUGCAUCCUUAUGACAGACUGUCCUGGAGUACUUGUGAGUGUUGGCAAUGUUGCCUUGUAACUGACCUGAUGUGUACUGAGUUUGCAGUCAAAACCUUUUACUGACUGGUCCCUGGGGAUGUUGGGGAGAGGUGUUUGGAGGUGGGAUUUGUAGAUCUGAAUGUACUCCUUGCUGGUUUGGAUGGGAUAUUGGUGUGUUCCCCAACCUGGUCAUUCCUCAAUCUUCAGCUGCGGGCUGGUAUUCCUGGCUUCAUCAGUGUCCAGAUUCAUUAACAAGGGUGGUUCAGGUUUAACCCAGACCAGGCAGGUUAGUAUCAAAUGACUAGAAGCUCUGUCCACUGCUGGUUAUUGUGAUCUACAUCAAGUACCCUGAUCUUCAACCUCUCAACAAGAUUAAUCUAAACACAUGCUGCCUGACUUCCGGAGUUCCAUUUUGUGGAUAUUGAUAAAGAAACCAGUAUUGGAAGCUUCAACAUCCACAACACAGCACUCUUUAUUUCUGAGUCAUGGUACAGCACACACUGGCUAACCCCAGUAGCAUUGCAAUUAUAAAACUAGGUUGACUCUGCUUGCUGUGUUGCUGUGGGGACAGUUAACACUACCCAUCCUCAGUGACUGACCCCAGGGACAGGUCAGGACCGUUGCAGGUCCCUGUACGGGGCUAAAUUAGCUGCUGUACAGAACAUGAAGAUAAUUCAGAUUAUUGUCACAGCAGUGUAGUAAUGUGGGGUUGUCACUGUACAAGGGAUUGGCUCACUGUUUAAUAAUGCUCUUCAGUGUUGCACACCUCAAUCCAAAGCUUUCUAUGCACUUUAUAUGACUGUGCCUAACAUGCUGUGUAUAACCAUGACUUAUAUAUAUAUAUAUAUAUAUAGACACACCAUAUUGCCAUGGCAUCACAGUUAGAAUGCUUUUCUUUUUACUGUAAGCCAUAAGUGAUUGCUUAAGCUAUACUAACUUGGGUUUAAUAUUUAACUUGCUGAUACUGUAUUGACUGUUGGCACUGGGUGUUAUUUAUGCUGCACUUUCUGAAUUCUCUCUUCUCAGCCCAGCAGACAAUAGUGAAGUGUCCAUGCUGGUCAGGUAAAAGGUCUCAGACUGCCUGCUGAUAUUUUGAUUUUGUUUUAUACUUCAUGGAACAUUAAAAUGCAAGGCCAUUUUCUACUAAGAGGUGAAAACAGCAGAGAUGGGAUGUUCCCAAAGUGAAAAGCCCCUGACGUAGUUGUCUUGUUUGAGUGUUUCCUAUAGACACAGCCCUGUGAUGUGUGCAGCAUCAUCCUCCAAUAACCAAUGAACUGCUUGUGGGAUCAGUCCUCAAAAUGAACUGUUCAAGUUUGUAAUCAUCAGCUUGUUCCUCUUUCCCCAUCUUGUUCCUUCCCGUACAUGAGCCCAGUAUUAUUUAUACAGGUCAUUGUAAAUUGCCCUGUGACUAGGCUAGGGUUAAAACAUUGGGUUGCUGGGCAGUGCCGCGUGUUUAGCUGGAAGGGCCUGUUCCACACUCUCUGAAAUAAAAUAAAUAAGUAACCCUCUGCAGUGAUUGGUAGGAACAUGUUCAACUGAUAGUCUGCAGGUCAGUAACCAGUAAUUUCAACGAUUCCACUUUCCCCAAGGCUAAUCUGGUCAGUUCAACCACGACCUCUGUUGUCACAUUGUAAUGAAAACAGGAUCAAAGAUCAAUGCAAAGUGAAAGGCUAAUCAAAAGGUCUCUUGUCACCAGUGUCUAGUGUUGCUGUAGAUCUAAGCACUCGUUCCUGUCAAAAACUGGCAGACAUCAGUCUUCCAAAGUACACAAGACACAGCGUCACAGUUAAGGAGAGGUCGUGCAGAUUAGUCUUUCUGAAAAAUAGUUCUAAGGCACUACAGGACUGAAGAAGCCCUUCCGCCCAUCUGGUCCAUGCCUAGUCCCAUCAACACGUUUAUGAAAUCUUCACUUUCACAAGAAGUGUAGUAGCUAUAGAGUUAGCAAUCUUAGGGUGGGUUUAAGUAUAAAAUGUUUUGUAUUAACUAAAAAUAUCUUGAAGUGAUGUUUGCCAUGAGCAAUCUGAUACCAGAGUUCAUAGAUGAGGGAUUGAUUGGUGCUUCGAAUUUCUGCUGAACCUCUGCUUUCUGAUGUCUGCCAAUGUUCCAUUCACAGGAAUUUUGGCUGGGGUCUACUGUUAGGUGGGACCUAAUGCUUUAUUGGCUAGCGUUUAAUCUCUUCCUGUGCUGGUGGCUGGUUUCCUCCUACAAGAUUUGACAGCUUAUGGAUCUCUGUCCUGUCCCUCACAGUGAGAAAUUGUUCAGUGUGUCCCGUUACUGGCAGCCAGCCAGGGCAGGGUGGGGAGCCCCACUCAUCCCAGCCAUUAUCAGACGCAGACCAUGCUGGUGACAGUGUUUUGCCUUCUGCCUGACUGCACAGUUACGUCACCGGGGCUGCACUGCUGGAGUCUGUGCCACCCAGGCACCCGCUGGUGUCUAGUAUUGUGCCAAACUUGUUUUAAUCCACUUCUGAUUUCCUCUGAAAGCUGAAGCCCAUUGUUCUACUUUCUAAAUUCAUUCCUAAAAUUAGUGCCUCAUGUCCUCCUGGAUUGUGAAUGUCAGUUUAAUAAAAAAUGCAUCUGGGUAUUAGAUAAUUCUUCCAUCCACCUCUUCCCACCCUCUCUCCCAUUUAGAGACAGAAUGUCUCAUUGAGACCAAAUAUUGUCAAAAUUUAGUAGAAAAUGACCCAGAAAUACAACUUUUUUUUACGAUUGUGGGUUUUGAAAAAAUAAAUCGUGUUUUAUGUG